UCCCAGUGAAGUUCUCAUUUACGUCGUCGUUUCUUUUCCACACACACAGGCUUUUUAGUUUCUUCUGCAAUUGAAUUUGAACUCGGUCCCGAGUCUGGCCAUAAUUGCAAGAAAAUCAUAUAUCUUUCGACUACUGCCACAGCCUCGCCGGAUUGGAGCGCAUUGAGUAGGUGGGCAAAAGACUUUUAAGGUGAAGAAUGCUUCAAAUUAGGCUUAAAAAGAUCCCAUCCUCGGAUGGUGGUGGAGCAGUGAAGCCUUUGCCAGUGGAAAAUGUGACAGUUGCAUGUCCAGACCAUCUUGUUCUUGCUAAUCUUCCUGUAGCUAAGGGCAUUGGUGCAGCAACUGCAGCUUCACUUGUCAAGACUGUAGGUCGGAGGUCCAGGCGCCAGCUUGGUGAACGGGUCCAUUUUUGUGUUCAUUGUGAUUUCCCAAUUGCUAUCUAUGGCUUUAUGUCCUUGCAGAAUCCUUGUGAACAUGUCUUCUGUCUCGAUUGCGCCAGGAGUGAUUCAAUGUGCUAUCUAUGUGAUGAACGUAUACAAAAGAUUCAGACAAUCAAGAUGAUGGAGGGCAUCUUCAUCUGUGCAGCCCCUCACUGCCUAAAGUCUUUCCUGAAGAAGACUGAUUUUGAGUCUCAUAUUCAUGAAACCCAUGGCGACCUUCUACAGCCCAAUGCAGAGAAAGAAGAUGGUAAUGAAUCCGAGAGUCUGAGUUCCAAACAACCCACAGUUUCAGAUUCCUCUGUCCGAGCUCCAACGAGGCAAGUCAUUUCUUCUGGUUCCAAUUCCCAGCCUACUGAUCGUGAAGACAAAGCCCGACAGCUGCAGUCUAGAGAGCAACCACCACCAAGGGCUGUCAUGCCACCAAAGCCACCAGUUUUUGGGCAAGUUCAUAAUUACCAAUUAGAGGCCCAACCUGACACUAACCUUCCCCCAGGCUUUGAGAGGCCUGGCCCCCAUAUUCUCUUUAACCAGGGCUUUGACACACAAGGCAUCCCACAACAAGAAUCUAGCCAACAGCAAGGACUGGCAUCAGAAUCCCAAUUUUCUGAAUACCCUCCUGUUCACUCUAUGCAACCACCUAAUUUUGUUGUGCCUGUGAAUUCAAAUCCCUUGAUGACUCCACCAUUUGCCGUUCCUCCUUUCCAAAAUGAAGGAUCUCAACAGUUUUAUGGUGCCUCCUAUGGGAUGCCUAGACCAGACAUAGCACCAGAAAUUGGAUCGGAACAAACAUCAUUAUUGGGUUUCCCAGCAGGUCCGCCCGGGGGAGUAAACUUUCCAGUAAAUUAUCCUCAGCUCUGGAACACUGGUCCCACUGGUAUGCCUUUCGAAGUUCCCUUGGGGGUUCCAGAGGGUUAUGGAAACAUGUCGGAUUCUCAAAGUAAAGCACCAUUUUAUCAAGGCUAUGCUCAAAAUCCAGGUAGUUUACCCAUGAUUCCUCCACCGCUGACAGCCAAUAAGGGGAUGGAAGCUGUGCAGGGUGGUAUCGGAAUGGAUGCCUGGAAUGUCAAGGGUAUAUUGGCACCACCACCACCACCAGGGCCACCGCCACAAUCUCACUUGCCACAACAUAAACAAGGUAAGUACUACUCUGGUGAUAUGGUUCGUGAUGGUCAGGGUUUUGGAUGGCCACAGGAGAGUCGAGAUAGUUAUGCCAAUAGCCAAGACUAGAGAAACUGCCUCUAUCGAUGGGCAUUAUGGCAUGUAAUUUUUUGUCCUGAACUAGUUGUCUUAUUCAGUUAGCCCACUGGGUCAUGUUUCAUUC